GGAAGCGGCGGCUGCGCCCCGGAGGUGAGGGGGGAACCGGGCCGGUACCGGGCCGGGGCUUCUCCUCUCCGCUGCCAGCACCGCCCGAGCCCCGGAGGAUUUGCUGGGGACGGGUGGGGCGGCCUCGCCCCGGUUUUCCGUCGGGGGGGGGGGGAGUUGUUGCCUCAGGGUGGGCCGGGCCGGGUCGGGCCGGCUUUGGCUUCGCUUUGCUGAGGAGCAAAGGAGGAUUCGUGUCGGACUCUGAAGCACACCCGAGUGCAGGCAAACCCCCAUCCCAUCCCCUCCCUUUUCCCCUCCCUCAGCGAUGCCCAAGGUGAAGAGGAGCAGGAAGCCUCCCCCGGAUGGGUGGGAGCUGAUCGAGCCGACGCUGGAUGAGCUGGAUCAGAAGAUGAGGGAAGCGGAGACGGAGCCACACGAAGGGAAGAGGAAGGUGGAAUCCCUUUGGCCCAUCUUCAGGAUCCAUCACCAGAAAACACGUUACAUCUUUGACCUCUUCUAUAAAAGAAAAGCCAUCAGCAGAGAGCUCUAUGAGUACUGCAUCAAGGAGGGCUAUGCUGACAAGAACCUGAUUGCCAAGUGGAAGAAGCAGGGCUAUGAGAACCUCUGCUGCCUGCGCUGCAUCCAGACCCGGGACACCAACUUUGGCACCAACUGCAUCUGCAGGGUCCCCAAGAGCAAGCUGGAAGUGGGCAGGAUCAUCGAGUGCACGCACUGCGGCUGCCGGGGCUGCUCGGGGUGAGGCUGCCAGCCAGGAGCUGCUUUGGGAAUUCUGAGGGAUCACAUCCUGCCCCACAGACUCGUAGCCACACUUCCAGCCACUUCCUGUGGGAUGAGCAUUGCCCUGUAGCAAUCAAACCAGCAGGGUAUUCACUGGGAUGGUGUGUACAGGGAGGGGUGGGUUGGAGAAGCUUUUGUUUUGCCCUGGAUUAUUAUUUUAAAAUAAAGUCUGACCUCCUGAGAGUGGU